UUCUCUUACACUCGGUCGCAGCCAGCUCCAGCGGUGGGAACUGAGGCUGGAAAAACCUCUCAGCCGCAGAAAAAUAACGUUUUUCGGACGUGCUUGGUUUUGAGUAGCCGUGACGUGCAAAACGCACCGCGGGCCCGGUCGCUGGAGCCGAGAGGAGAGUCUCUCUCUCUCACACACACACAUACACCACUGAGGAAGGAGAGAGGCGAGCAGAGCGCCCGGGUGCGCCCGGGCUGGAGCGGGAGAGCGGGGCGCGCACGGGCACCCUAGGCUGGAGAGGGAGAGCGGGGUGCGCAGCGCGCGCGCACUCACACACAGCGGAGAAGGAGAGCGGGGCCCGCACAGCACCCCCACACGCUGGAGAGGGAUUGCGGGGCGCGCACACCCCACCGGAGAGGCUCCGACGGGCAGCCGAGCGCACAGGCGCACACGGGAGCGCGCGCACACACAGACUCUCUCACACGCUGACUGACUUGCUCUCUUUCUAACACACACACAGAGCUUUACUAUCUCUCUCCCGCUGUACUCCCUCCUCACUCAGCAUUCAAACAGCUUGCCGACAUCACCAGCCAAGGAUUUUUUUUCCCCAGCCGCUGUCCGUCCAUCAGUACCUGAGGGGGGAGGAGGAGCAGGGAGAAAAGCGGAAUAAGAAUAAGUAUAUUCAUAAUAAUAAGCCAAAACCCACCACCACAUCUGCGUUAGGGCAGCAGUAGCCUGUAGGUCUCCUCUCAGCUCAUCGCUUGCCUGGUAUCUCCGCUGAUCGGUUUGUUGGGUUAGACUUUGGUUCAAGUUAAAAAAAAAAUCUUCGCUCUUCAGCCAGGUCCAUUUCCCCACCCCCUGCAGUCUCUCUGGUUUGGGGCUUUUUCUUUCCCUUCACAUGGUGGAUUUGGUGGAUCCGGAGCCAAAGCUUUGCGCGUGCUGGGGUUUCCUCUCUGCCUGUGUUUUUUUGUUGUUGUUGUUUUUCUUCUUCUUCGUCUCUCCUUUAAAUCUUGGUUUUGAACCUCAGCCUGGGAAAAUGGGAAACGGUGCUUCCGACAGAAGGGGAAUCUCUCCAUCACUGUUGUUGGGACGUGUGCCUGUGGUGCUAGUGUUUUAGAGAAAUAGCCUGACAGCUUUCGGAGUGGAAGAGCAACAGUGGAAGAGACUGCAAUCUAAAGAGUUUUUUAAUUAAGUUGGCAUCACUUUUGUCUGCUCACACUUGUAAACAGAAAGCGAAAAGACAUUCAUUGAUAAGAGAUAAGCAACUUCUCAAAGGUUAAAGCUGAAAACAUUCAAGUUUUAUUUUUUGGAUAACAGAGGCCAAAUGACAUAGGAUGAAGGCUGUUCGUAAUUUGCUGAUUUAUAUAUUUUCCACCUAUCUACUGGUUAUGUUUGGAUUUAAUGCUGCCCAAGACUUCUGGUGUUCCACGCUGGUGAAGGGAGUCAUUUAUGGAUCGUAUUCUCUAAGUGAAAUGUUUCCUAAAAACUUUACAAACUGCACUUGGACGCUGGAAAAUCCAGAUCCAACCAAAUAUAGUAUUUACCUGAAAUUUUCCAAAAAGGACUUCAGCUGCUCCAACUUUUCCCUUUUGGCUUAUCAGUUUGAUCAUUUUUCCCAUGAAAAAAUAAAGGAUCUUUUAAAAAAUAACCAUUCUAUAAUGCAGCUCUGCGAUUCCAAGAAUGCUUUUGUAUUUCUGCAAUAUGAUAAGAAUUUUAUUCAGAUACGCCGGGUCUAUCCCAUCGAUUUCCCAGGAUUACACAAAAAGGAAGAAGAACAAAAAUCCUUCUUUGAGUUUUUGGUGUUGAAUAAGGUGAGCCCGAGCCAGUUUGGUUGCCAUGUAUUGUGCACUUGGCUAGAGAACUGCCUGAAGUUCGAGAACGGGAGAACUGAGUCCUGUGGGAUCAUGUAUACAAAAUGUACCUGCCCUCAGCAUUUGGGAGAAUGGGGAAUAGACGACCAGUCCCUGGUGUUGCUCAGCAAUGUGGUGCUGCCCCUCAAUGAGCAGACGGAGGGGUGUCUGACCCAGGAGCUGCAAACUACCCAGGUCUGCAACCUUAGCAAAGAAGCUAAACGGCCGCCAAAAGAAGAAUUUGGAAUGAUGGGAGAUCAUACAAUUAAAAGUCAGCGACCUCGAUCUGUUCAUGAGAAAAGGGUCCCUCAGGAACAAGCUGAUGCUGCUAAAUUUAUGGCACAAACUGGUGAAUCUGGUGUUGAAGAGUGGGCCCAAUGGAGCACAUGUUCAGUUACUUGUGGUCAAGGGUCGCAGGUGCGAACCAGAACUUGUGUAUCACCUUACGGGACACACUGCAGCGGCCCUUUAAGAGAAUCAAGGGUUUGCAAUAACACUGCCCUCUGUCCAGCACCUUAUGAAAUAUGUCCUGAAGAUUAUUUGAUGUCAAUGGUGUGGAAAAGGACCCCAGCUGGUGACAUGGCAUUCAAUCGAUGUCCUCUCAAUGCCACAGGCACCACUAGCAGACGCUGCUCUCUCAGUGUUCAUGGCGUGGCCUUCUGGGAACAUCCAAGCUUUGCUAGAUGCAUAUCAAAUGAGUACAGACACUUGCAGCAUUCAAUUAAAGAGCAUCUUGCCAAAGGACAGAGGAUGCUGGCUGGUGAUGGAAUGUCCCAGGUGACCAAAACGUUGUUGGAUUUAACUCAGAGGAAAAACUUUUAUGCAGGGGAUCUUCUGAUUUCUGUGGAAAUUCUCAGAAAUGUGACAGACACAUUUAAAAGGGCAAGUUAUAUCCCUGCAUCUGAUGGUGUCCAGAACUUCUUUCAAAUAGUUAGUAAUCUGCUUGAUGAAGAGAACAAAGAGAAAUGGGAAGAUGCACAGCAGAUCUAUCCAGGAUCAGUGGAGCUAAUGCAGGUGAUUGAAGAUUUUAUACACAUUGUUGGAAUGGGGAUGAUGGACUUUCAGAAUUCAUACCUAAUGACUGGAAAUGUAGUGGCUAGCAUUCAGAAGCUUCCUGCAGCAUCUGUUCUAACAGACAUCAAUUUCCCAAUGAAAGGAAGGAAAGGAAUGGUUGACUGGGCACGAAACUCAGAAGACAGGGUUGUCAUUCCAAAAAAUAUCUUCACUCCUAUGUCAUCAGAACUAGAUGAAUCCACUGUAUUUGUGCUUGGAGCAGUGCUGUACAAAAAUUUAGAACUUAUUUUGCCCACUUUAAGAAAUUUUACUGUUGUUAAUUCCAAAAUCAUUGUCGUCACUAUAAGGCCUGAACCCAAAACAGCGGAUUCAUUUCUAGAGAUAGAGUUAGCACAUCUGGCUAAUGGCACAUUGAAUCCCUAUUGUGUGCUGUGGGAUGAUUCGAGAAUGAACGACUCUUUGGGAACCUGGUCCACCCAGGGAUGUAAAACUGUGCUUACCGAUGCAUCCCAUACGAAAUGCUUAUGUGAUCGUCUCUCUACCUUCGCCAUUUUGGCUCAGCAACCUAGAGAAAUAAUCAUGGAAUCAUCUGGCGCCCCCUCAGUAACCCUAAUAGUAGGCAGUGGUCUCUCAUGCUUGGCUUUGAUCACCCUCGCAGUUGUCUAUGCAGCACUAUGGAGGUACAUCAGAUCUGAGAGGUCAAUAAUUCUAAUUAAUUUCUGCCUAUCUAUUAUCUCAUCAAAUAUUCUUAUACUGGUUGGACAAACUCAGACACAUAAUAAGGGCAUCUGCACCACGACCACCGCAUUUUUACACUUCUUCUUCUUAGCUUCGUUCUGUUGGGUUUUGACAGAAGCGUGGCAGUCGUACAUGGCUGUUACUGGAAAAAUUAGGACACGACUCAUAAGGAAACGCUUUUUGUGCCUUGGAUGGGGUUUACCAGCAUUAGUAGUGGCAAUAUCAAUAGGCUUUACCAAGACGAAAGGAUAUGGAACAUCUCACUACUGCUGGCUGUCUCUCGAAGGAGGACUACUCUAUGCAUUUGUUGGGCCUGCGGCUGCUGUUGUCUUGGUCAACAUGGUGAUUGGCAUUUUGGUAUUUAAUAAACUUGUUUCCAGAGAUGGAAUCCUAGAUAAAAAGCUCAAACACAGAGCAGGUCAGAUGAGUGAGCCUCAUAGCGGUUUGACGCUCAAAUGUGCCAAGUGUGGAGUAGUUUCAACAACAGCUUUGUCAGCCACCACCGCCAGUAAUGCCAUGGCAUCCCUUUGGAGUUCCUGUGUUGUGUUGCCUCUUCUGGCUCUGACGUGGAUGUCUGCAGUUCUGGCCAUGACAGACAAAAGAUCAAUAUUAUUUCAGAUACUCUUCGCAGUAUUUGAUUCAUUGCAAGGCUUUGUUAUUGUCAUGGUCCACUGCAUUCUCCGAAGGGAGGUUCAAGAUGCAUUUAGAUGUCGAUUAAGAAACUGCCAAGAUCCAAUCAAUGCAGAUUCCUCGAGCUCUUUUCCUAAUGGACAUGCUCAAAUCAUGACAGAUUUUGAAAAAGAUGUGGACAUUGCUUGUCGGUCAGUUCUACAUAAGGAUAUUGGACCAUGCAGAGCAGCUACAAUAACAGGAACACUUUCUAGGAUUUCACUAAAUGAUGAUGAAGAAGAGAAAGGAGCAAACCCUGAAGGUAUGAGCUAUUCAACCCUGCCUGGAAGCAUCAUUUCCAAAGUCAUCAUUCAGCAGCCCUCAGGCCUCCACAUGCCUAUGAGCAUGAGUGAGCUGGCCAAUCAGUGUUUGAAAAAAGACAACAGUGAGUUGCGGCGGACUGUGUAUUUAUGCACUGAUGAUAACUUGAGAGGUGCAGAUAUGGACAUAAUCAAUCCUCAAGAACGGAUGAUGGAAAGUGACUAUAUUGUCAUGCCCAGAGGUUCAGUAAACACCCAGCAAUCAUUGAAAGAUGAGAGCAAAUUGAAUAUAGGCAUGGAUACCUUGCCUCAUGAAAGGCUGUUGCACUAUAAAGUUAAUCCGGAAUUCAACAUGAAUCCCUCUGUAAUGGACCAAUUCAAUAUCAAUUUAGAUCAGCAUCUUCCCACCCAGGAACAUAUGCAGAAUUUGCCCUUUGAGCCCCGUACAGCAGUAAAGAACUUCAUAGCCUCCGAGUUGGAUGACAGUGCA